UUCACCCCUGUUGUCGUUCAACCUACGUGCAUGGCGCUAUCUGCCGUUGUUGUGAUUCUGUGCGCUUAACACGCUCUCACAGCAAAAGAGUAGUUAGAGCUGUUUCACACCUCAUCUAGCUCUCUCUCCCACUCUCUUUAUUGGUACCAUUUACGUUUGUCGCUGUAAAUAACUGCACAGACUUUCAUUGCAGUACCAACAUACACACGGUACGCAUUUAGUGUUUUUUACUUCAUAAUUUAUUGACAACUUGUUGAGUGCGCGAUUACGAAAUAAGAUUUGCUUGCAUUUGCAAUUCAUUCACUAGUGGAUUGCAAUGUAUGUCAAAAACGUUUGCCUGUUUCUGGCACUGAUGCUGGGCCAACAGGUGUUGCCCAGUGCCAGUUGGCAGGCGCGCUUUGAGCCUGCGCUGCUCCAGCUGGAAAUGGAACGCAGUCACACAGUGCAUCUAACACUGUCGGACAUAACAGAUGAACUGCAGUUGGUGAAAGGUCGCUACAGCUUCCGCCUGCAAAGUACAGAUGCUCAGCUAGCCAGCGUGCCGGCUGAAAAUUCUAGCAUAUCUAUGGAGGAAGUUCAACACAAUCUCUGGAAUGGAAGCAUACGUAUCGAUGCAUACUUUCUUGGCGAGGCCAAGAUCCAAGUGCGGCUCCACGAUGCAGUCACAAAUACCAGCUCUGCGCCACAAAAUGCUGCCAGCAAUGAUAGCACGCUGCUGGUGCAGGUUGUGCGACCGCAGCGGAUCAUCGAUCACGUUUUUGUCGGCUCCAUCAUCUUGCUUAUGUCCCUGGUUUAUAUCAAUUUUGGUGCUGCACUCAACGUGGAUGUACUGCAGGGCUUGAUCACACGCCCAAUCGGGCCCUGCAUUGGUUUCAUCACCCAGGUGCUGGGCAUGCCGCUCCUUAGCUAUGCUUUGGGUGUCUUUAUUUUUCCCGAUUCGCCGGCCAUGCAGUUGGGCCUGUUCUUCACGGGCAUCGCACCGAGCGGUGGUGCAUCCAACACUUGGUCAGCGGUGCUAAGCGCCAAUAUAAAUCUCUCUGUGCUAAUGACCACUGUCAGCAAUGUGGCUGCCUUUGCCACGAUGCCGUUGUGGGUCUUUACGCUGGGUCAAUUAAUUUUCGAGCGUGCUGGCAUGGUGCUGCCCUAUGGCAAGAUCGCCAGCUACUGUGCCGCGUUGAUUGUGCCAUUGCUUAUCGGAUUGGCCAUACAACGCUGGCUGCCACGCUUGACUCAAGUGCUGGUCCGCCUGCUGAAGCCCAUCUCUGCAUGCCUUAUACUCUUUAUUGUGAUCUUUGCGAUUAUCACCAACUUUUACCUGUUUCAGCUAUUCUCCUGGCAGAUCGCCUUGGCGGGUUUGGCUCUUCCCGGACUUGGCUAUGCGGUUGCCUGGCUGGCGGCCAAGCUGUUGAACCAAAGUGCUUCUGACUCAUUGACCAUUGCUAUUGAGACGGGCAUCCAGAACACGGGCAUUGCGAUAUUCUUUUUGCGCACCACCUUGGAACAGCCGCAGGCAGAUCUGACCACAGUGGUGCCGGUGUCGGUGGCCAUUAUGACACCGCUCCCGUUGCUGGGCAUAUACCUAUAUCAACGCUGUUUUCGUCAGAAAAUUGGGGAAACCACAGCCGCCGAGCAUCAGCGCAUUGUCUAAAAGAAUAUAGGGCAUAGAAACAACCACUUCGCUUCCAGUUUUCUAUAUGUUCUUGCAAGAAUGUGCAAUUGUU